AUUCCGGCCGUAUCUCGUUAUUAGAUUUUGCUUGAUCUUCGUAGCACUUAUGGGUCGCUGGUUUCUACCGCAUCCAUCUUGGAAAAGUCGAAAGGGGAUCGGUCGUGACCCCUUCAUCCAUGAUGGAUCUUAGCUACAGAGAUCGUCAGGGUUACUACAAUGAGCAAGAUCCUCAGCAAAACAUACGGCACCACCACCAUCAGCCGCAACACCAGUUACAGCAGCCACAACUCCUACCACACUAUGCUCAGCAACUCUCUCACCACCAGUCUCUGUUGCAGCCACACCUGCCGCAGCAUCAGCUCCACCACUCUCAGCCGGCUUUUGUGCUGGAUCAGUCGGACCAGCGGAGGGCCAGAGAGGAGUGCUCUAGUUCUAGGUUGGCUGGGCCUCCUAGUAUGCAGCAGCUGAUUUCAGGUCAUGGCACUCAUAACCAUCAGCCGCAGUAUUCAGAUCACACCCAUCCUCUUCUUGCUCAGCUUGGUCUGACCUGUCAGUCCGGGUACCCACCACAGACCACCACCAACACCCAGUCCAUGGUCGACACCACCCCAAACAACCAACCAUUCCUAUCACCGGACUCCCCGUCACCACCACAGCCUCAGGACACCAGGGAUGAACCCAUGGUUUCUGAGGCGCCCCUGGUUGAACAACCCUCGGCGGAACCUCCCAUGCCAGAACCGCUGCCAGAGCCACCCAUGGAGGCAGAAGCCAUGGCUGAAUCUCGGAGUGCAGUUCCUGCUGCGAUCACAAAGGUGCCACCGACAGCUGCAGAUUCUGCUGAAUCUGCAACAGAAGCUCAACCUGAAGCAGAAGAUGCACCACAAGCUCUUGUUAUACCAGAGGAAGAUACUCCCUCGGAUGCUCCCAGUACCAGCACCACCAAAGCCAAGGAGGACCCAAAGAAACCUGAACCAACUGGCCCAACCACCAGGUCCAGUAAGAUCUGGAAGCCAGACUUGCCCCUUGGACUUUCUCUCAAGUACAUGCAAGGUGGCAAGAAGAUAGCAGGUGUCAGAUCUGAGAAGCCUCUGGAGAAAGGUGCUACCUUUGGUCCAUACAAUGGAAAGCUGAUUGCUGAACCUGUGGGUAGUCUCAAGGACUCAGCCUGGGAGUUGUGUUUGCGAGGGAAGGUUUUUGUGUACGUCGAUGGUCAGAACAAGACUUUCAACAACUGGAUGGCUUUCGUUGAGAGUGCCAACUCCGAGGAAGAACAGAACCUUGAAGCAUUCCAAUCCUACGGGGAUAUCUACUUCAGAACCACUAAGGUCGUUGAACCAGGAAGUGAACUGAAGGUGUUCUACAGUGACGAGUAUGCUAAUCAUGUCGGCUUCAAGAAGAAACUCUGUGAUCUGGUGUAUAACAAAGAUACAAAGAGCUUCCCAUGCAGUUCAUGCUACCGAACCAAUGCUUCCGCCAAGCGGAUGUUGCGUCACAUGAGAAUCAACCAUGACCCUGAUAGGAUUGGUGCGAUGCGUCCGGUCAUCACCUGGGAACCUUGUACCUCAACAGAGAAUGCGGAGAACGAGGAUCCAGAGAUGGCUUCAACUGCAAAGACAGUCAAUGAACGGUUCAUAUGUACAAUCUGCGGUAAGAACUUCCCUACGAGUCGGAGGCUCGCAGCCCACGAAUCUACACAUGCUCAAAGCGCAGACAAGACUUGUACGAUUUGCGGUGAGACGCAUACCAGUUCAAGAAGUCUUUCCAAGCAUAUGAGGACGCAUAAGCCAAAGCCCUUUGAAUGCCAGUCUUGCGGGAGCUCGUUUGCAUCGCAGAACCAUCUGACCCGUCACAAGAAACUGUCGCACACCUACAACCAUAGCUGCAGGGUGUGUGGCAUACAGUUCAUCAAGAAACGGGAGUGCAACAAACAUGAGAAGACACAUCCGGAAUGGACCGCCUUCAAACCUCUCCGCAAGAAGGCGAGAAAAACGAGGAGGACCAAGAAAGUGCAAAAUAAUGAGAUUGAGGAAGAAGUCCCAGCUGAGGAGGAGGAACCGGAGCCUGAGGAAGAGAUCGAGGAGCCAAAUCCAAACUUGCCAAAGGAUAUGCUUGGGAAGCGAAUCAAUUACUACGACAAACCAAGACCAUAUAAAUGCCGUUUUUGCCCCAAAAGAUACCUCUCAAGGAACAAGAAACUUGCUCAUGAAGCUGAAGCACAUACGAAGGAAUGCGAGUUUAAAUGUAAGCACUGCCCUGCUGUAUUUGCCACCGAGUUCAGGUACGUGGAACACUCCAAGCGCCACAUACAGAAUCGGCCGUUCCAAUGCCAGUUCUGUCCAAACUCAUUUGCCUCAGAGAAUGCACUGAAGAACCACAUGGGUGAACACACAGGCCUGAAGCCUGUCAAGUGUGAGGUAUGCGGGAAGGGCUUCCGGACGCGGCACAUAAUGAACGCUCACAAGCGACGCAUGCACAAAGUCAGGCAGAUGCGCUUCUCCUGCUCCUACUGCAACAAACCUUUCGCCGACAAGGGCAACCUUGUCAAACAUGAGCGCCGCCAUAAAGGCAUCCGACCGUACGUCUGCCUGACCUGCGGGAGGGGCUUUGCUACCAACUACAGCUUAACGCAACACUCCUACACGCACACCAAAGAGAAGAAAUUUGGUUGUCCGCAGUGUGACAAGCGCUUCACCCUCAAUGAACAUUUGACAAACCACAUCUAUAAGGUGCAUACUGUAAAUCAGAAAGAACAGCCGCAGAGUAUUCAUUCCUUGACGAUUGGUCAACGGAAUCCUAUGCCUCCACAGCCAAUUCAACAUCCAAAUCAACAUCCAACUCUACCAUCUACAACUCAACACUACCAGAUGCCACAUCCACAGUGAUAGUGAAUGCGAAAUUGCCAAACCUGUCGUAGUGGCCAUAUUGUUAUGCAUCUAGCCAUUUGGUCUAAUAUUCCUACUAGAAAGAACUGAGUGUCACAGAGUAUGUUCAUAUAGUGGAGUCUGUGAAGGUUUCAUUCACACUGGAUAUUCAAAAGUGUAUAGAUGAUUUCACAUUGUGUUACACACUGCAGGACACUUGUGUUCUUUGAUGCAGGAAUUAGCGAGUCUAAUUCUAAGAUUGUCUAAAUGGGGCAUUGCUGGAGACUUCAUCUGAAAUUGGUUGCUCAUUUAACAAGCAAUUCAGCACAAAAAGCAUACCAGCAACAAAUAUUAGCAUUCAACCCAUUGCCUACUGGAACCAGGUGAUCCCUGUAUAGAGUCUAUGGAAAUCACAUGAUUCAGUAGUCAAAUAGUUAAAUGGAAUGAAUGACAUAUACAUGUAUGUAUUUUUUUUCUUUCAGUUGAUUGCAGGUUUGUUGCAACGCCCGAUAUGAUCAUCAUCUUCACUAAUCAGUCCAAUAUCACUUGGUUUUAUACUCACUUGGGCUACCAGACAUUGUCUUUUUGUUGACAUUUUGAUUGAAUGUCAUUUUGACUAAGUGUCAAGACAUGAUUAACUCCAUUUAUAUGUAGAUUCUUCCCACUCCAUUUAUUCAUAUAGACAACAAAUAUAGAUCGACCAAGUGUGUUAAAAAAAAUGAAGUUUUUUUUAAAAUAUAUAUAUAUAUUUUUUGGGGGGAGGGUGUAGGAAAUGGUGAUAUGUGCCUCUUGCACUCCAUUUCAAGGGAGAAAAAUGAGGAUCAAGGUUUAGAAAUGAAAUUUAUUCUAUUGAAAAGCAAAGGAAUAAAUUUGAAGUAUUGAUCUUAAUUCGGCUGCUGUUUCCCCAAGAAUAUGGACAUAGAUUAUGACACAGGUGAUGCAUACCCCAGUUUUUGACAUGAGCUUAUGAUUGUUAGCCUAUUAAACCUGGGCCCUGUCUGACAAAGAGUUGCGAUUGAUCCAAUCAACCACAUCUAUCGACAGCCAGCAACAUCUAAAACACAUUUUUGUUCAAAAUAUUCUUUAAGAUGUAGUGUAAUGUUCAUACAUUCAUCAUUCUCUUGAAAAUUCAGUGCAAU